AUGACCGUGGACCAAUUUCCAUCUCCACACUUAGAUGACUACCCCCUAGACGAAUUCAACUCGGCUGACUUUUCGGUCAGCAAAGAAGAUUACAGUUUUGAGCUGCACAUGGGUGAUGAUCCACUUGAUUUUGAUUCGGCUGACAAUGAAUUUCGGAUGGAACUGGAAGCCUUCUUACAGCAAAAUCAGAGCUCUUCUAUUCAGCCUGCGGAUGCAACUUCAAACACAAAUAUUCAUGGCUUUGAACCUGUCCCUUGGUUCACUUCCCAGGAACUGUCAAACCCGCAAGCGACUAACAGCUUGACGACUGAUGUACACGAAUCAGCAUUCUUCUCAAGCCAAGGUAUGUCCCAAUCGUCCGCUGAUGAUAGCUGGUUAGAUCCUGCUCUGCUGGAGGCGCCAAAAUUGGAUCAAUCCUUCCAAGAUAACCAUCUUCAGCACCUAGAGAUAGGGGUACCACCACUUCCAGGUAGAGGAGAGGACACCAACGACUUACAUAAGGCAACUCAACUACUUGGUCCACCCAAUGAUUCUCAAUUUCCCGUCCAUGACUCAGACCUAGCAAGUAUCGAGCCUGUCAUUCAAGCUGAAACGGGUGAUACUUUGGUUAUAUAG